UCAGUUUCGUUCCUGAAAACACAUUCAACAUGCGAGAGAAAGCAACGGGCUUUUGGGCUUGCAGGUACAUUCUAAGUAUUUAUGUAUUAUUAUUAUGUACCGAAGUUUGUUUUAGUUAUUAUAAAUGUUUCACAACGCAUAUGGGUUAUGCUACGUCCACGUUUUUGGUAUGUCGUCGUGCUAUGGGUGCACAUCCAAGAUAACAGAGAACUGAUUCUCAGCUGUUCUGGUUACUGCAAUGAAUGGUAACACUAUCCAUCAGGCUACGACCACAGCUUUGGUUGCAGUGCCUCGUGGCUGGAGGGAGUUCUGCGAGUUGCAUGCCAUUGCCACGGCCCGAGAACUAGCCAACCACUACCGGAACUUUGCCAGGGAGUGGCCAGUGCACGAUGUCGUCCCCCCGGACAGCUUCUCCAAGCAGUUCAGUGAGCUGUUCCAGCAGCACUUCCACAGUGAGGUGGCCAAAGAACUGCCUGCAUCGACCCCUCCCCCCAUGAUGGGCCGGCUCCGCAUCACCACCUCCUCCGAGGCGCUGGACUACAGGGAGGCGGGCCGGUCUGGCGUUCUGGCCCCAAAGACGGAGCCCGUGCCGGUGAGCCGGGAGCAGGGGAACCCCAUCCGGUGCUCAGAAGCCAACCCAGUGCUACGAGCUCGAGCUCCCAUCCUGAGCCGCAGCCAGGAGGAGGUGACUGUGUCGGAGAGGCGGCCUGCGUCUGAACGGUACAUCCCCACCUCGACUUCCUUCACUGCUGUUGAAGUUACACACUUCUCCGUCAGCCAGAUCAGGAAAAGCGUGUGCCGUCUCUUUAAGAAGCCCCCGCCGCCCCUUCAGGACCUGCAGCCCAGUAGGCUGGUGGACAGGGGAAUGGGUGGGGCGCUGGAGGAAGUGACUGCCUUAUCGUCGUCAGCGCUGACUGGGAACCCCUCCCACGAGACCACGCCCUCGGCCUCCCCCACGUCGACCCACUUCCUAGAACGGCUGAAUAGCAGGUUUGUCCGUAGGCAGAGUGGGAAGCGCAGGCCGCAGGCUGCAAGCAGCUGCAAGGAGGGCCAGCUGAAGUACCUGGUGGUUGACGACACUAUCUCGGACACACAGCAUCGCUGGCAGCGCUGCCGCCUGCUUGUGAGGAAGAUCAGAGAGGGCCUGGCAGGAGAAAGGUUCCAGCUGGAGCUCUACGACCCCCCCAAGGGCUCCAGUCCUAAACUGACAGCACGUUGCUCAGACAUCCUGGAGAUCCGCCGCUGCAACUGUCUGGAGAUGCCGGACAACACAAACACGUUUGUUCUAAAGGUUAAUCACUAUCCAGGUAGUCUCAUAUUUGAGACCGACAAUGACCAACAGGUCAGCUCCUGGACAACAGAAAUUAAAGAAUGGAUAAACAACAGGUCUGGAAGCGGGGAUUUGGAACGCCUAACCUACCCUACGGAUAAUGCUGCGACGGCCAACCGGAGAGGGAGCUCCGAGUCAGGGAGUCAGGGCUCUGCGACCUUUGCCCUCUCGGAGCAGGUGUACCAUAAGACUGACCACUUCCUGUGUUUGUACCCAUGGUUCCAUGGCCCCAUCUCGCGGGUCAAGGCGGCCCACCUGGUCCAAAACUCGGGCCUGGAGGGCCACGGAGUUUUCCUGGUGAGGCAGAGUGAGACCCGCCGCGGAGACUAUGUCCUCACCUUCAACUACCAGGGCAAGGCCAAGCACCUGCGUCUGUCUCUAACAGAGUGUGGUCAGUGUAGGGUGCAGCAUCUGCGCUUCCCCUCCGUCAUGGACAUGCUCAGUCACUUCCGCCUCUACCCCAUACCCCUGGAGUGUGUCGCCGCCUGCGAUGUCACCCUCACCAGCUUUGUGGUGGCCAAUUCUACCGCACAAGGUCAGAGUUCAUCCGCUGUCCUGGUUCCUUUCUCCCUGCACCGCUGGAGCUCCGAACCCAGCCUAGCCCACUGCAGCCCCAGCCUGCUCCCCUCUCCAGACCCCCUUCCCCAGCCCAGGCUCCCUCUCCUACGCCCUGCGCCCUUCCCAGACCUUUCCACCUCGGGUCCCCUGCGUCGGAGCGAGUCUGUGGGCCGCAGACCUAUUCUGCGUCACCCCAACCCCCACCCACCCCUCCUCACUCAACGGGACUCCGACUACGAACUGGAGCCAGACAGAGGCCGCAAGCGGGCCAUCGACAACCAGUACAUGUUCCUCUAACUGAAGCCAGACCGGGGCCAUCAACAACCAGUAUAUGUUCCUCUAAUUGGUGGACUCCCGGUCACAGCCGACCCAGUGGUGGCUCUGAGACUCCAAAUGAGCGAAGGACAGACUCAUGAGUGAACGUGUAUGCCACAGUGGAAGUCUGUCUCGUGGGCUGGGUGUCAGAGGUCCGACCCGAGUGUCCAUUGUGAAUGUAUUUUUAGGAAAGUGUCUAAUCUUGUUAUGAUUGUCAUUUUCUGAAGCGGCUGUCGUGGUCCUUCUAAGGGACGUUGCUACAUGGGAGUGAGUGGCGCUGGUAUGGAAGGUCUUCCCUCAGUUCCUCCCUUCUAUAGGGGUCUGUUCACUCCCUCCACACAUACACUCCAUUUAAAUGAAUUCUAAUGUUUUUUGAUACCCUGUGUAUUAGUGUAUCUCAAAUGCACACAUUGUGUACUUUUAAACACUGUGUAUUUUAGUACGCAGACUAUUUUUGUAGGAAUAUGAAGGUGUUGAAAAAAUAAUAAUAAUAAAAAAACUUAACUGUGAUGAGCUUAGGGCUGUUACGGUGACGAGUCAUGACCACAGUCAAAUUCCAUGUGACUAGCCUUCUCAAACUGCGCUCUGAUGUUUAGUAGCCUACCAAACGUGCCAGUCGCUCAGCACUAUUGUCCCUCUAAUCACUCUUGACAUCAAUACAAAUCAAACACUUCAUGAGAGCUCAUGUUGCACAACAUUUUUAUAGGCUAUGCAAUUGCGUGAGAAAAGCGUUUUGAUGGCCUCUAAUAAAAAGAGGCACAGCUUUCUAUAAUCUAGGCCUACUAUAUUUCUCAACUUUCCUAAUAUUAAGCACAUUGCUUCUCUUUACAACAUGAGUAUAGCCUAACUGGCUGUAAUGAAAAUGAACCACGGGAAAAGCAACCUCCAUUCGCUAUUUUAAGUGCGUAGAUUACACAUUCUUUCCCCCCCUCUUCCGACAGGUGCAAGAUAAUGGUCCAUCAUUAAGUAUAGGUAAAGACAAGAUUAGUCUGAUGGGUGACAAUAUUUGGCUAUCACUCAUGAUGCCCAGGGUGUGCAAUAAGGUAAGAAACAGAGCAUGUUUUGUUUUUUUGCAACUUUUUCUAAUCAUAGUCGCACAUGUCAUGUAGCCUAGCCCAUUAUUACGGUGUAGAGACCAACUGACAUACAGUACCGUUCAAAAGUUUGGGGUCACUUAGACAUGUCCUUGUUUUUGAAAGAAAAUCGCAUUCUUUUGUCCAUUAAAAUAACAAAUUGAUCAGAAAUACAUUGUUAAUGUUGUAAAUGACUUGUUUAUGGAAUAUCUACAGAGGCCCAUUAUCAGCAACAAGCACCCCUGUGUUUCAAUGGCACGUUGUUAGCUAAUCCAAGUUUAUAAUUUUAAAAGGCUAAUUGAUUAUUAGAAAACCUUUUUACAAUUGUUAGCAUAGCUGAAAACUGGCCUUUAGACUAGUUCAGUAUCUGGAGCAUCAGCAUUUGUGGGUUAGAUUACAGGCUCAAAAUGGCCAGAAACAAAGAACUUUCUUCUGAAACGUCAGUCUAUCCUUGUUCUGAGAAUUGAAGGCUAUUCCAUGGGAGAAAUCGCCAAGAAACUGAAGAUCUCGUACAACAAUGUGAACUACUCCCUUCACAGAACAUUGCAAACUGGCUCUAACCAGAAUAGAAAGGAGUGGGAGGCCCUGGUGCACAACUGAGCAAGAGGACAAGUACAUUUGUGUCUAGUUUGUGACAGACGCCUCAAGUCCUCAACUGACAGCUUCAUUAAAUAGUACUCGCAGAGGCGCGACCCCGGGAUGCUGGCCUUCUAGGCAGAGUUCCUCUGUCCAGUGUCUGUUCUUUUGCCCAUCUUUUCUUUUUAUUUGCAACUCUGCCUAGAAGGCCAGCAUCCCGGAGUCGCCUCUUCACUGUUGACGUAGGUGUUUUGUUGGUACUAUUUAAUGAAUCUGUCUGUUUCGAACUAGACACUAGUCCUCUUGCUCAGUUGUGCACCAGGGCCUCCCACUCCUAUUCUAAUCUGGUUAAAGCCAGUUUGCGCUGUUCUGUGAAGGGAGUAGUACACAGCAUUGUACGAGAUCUUCAGGAUUAGCUAACACAACACAGGAGUGAUGGUUGCUUAUAAUGGGCCUCUGUAUGUAGAUAUGCCAUAACAAAAUCUGCCGUUUCCAGCUACAGUAGUCAUUUACAACAUAAACCAUGUCUACACUAUAUUUCUGAUCAAUUUGAUGUUACUUUAAAAAUACAUUAGUGACCCCAAACUUUUGAACGGUAGUGUACAUCAAAAGUAACCAAUAUUUGAAAACACAGAAUCCCAAACAAUGUUCAGAAAUGUGAGAUGUUCUCAUAAUUUACCAUAAAAUGCACCUUUUUUUAUAAUAAAGCAUUGCAUGUCUAAUCGCAUUUGCAGACUUAUGUAAGAUGGCUUACUAUUUGUAAUGUGAUGAGUAGAUAGUCAUAAUUUAGGCAAAUAAUAACUGAAUCACUGUUGGUAAAACAAAAGACCGUUCAGUCCAUUGCUGAGCACGUAUAGCAGGCCAAGGCUAUAUGGGAUACGUUUCUUCUUUGCAUGUGAAAAAUGUGGCCUUUUUAUAAAUGCAAUUCUACUACACUUCAUAUGGCGGGAGACAUUAGCAUCUUUUUUUAAUAGGACAAAUUAAAAUGAGUAGCCUACUCAGCUGACAGUGACCAUAUUAUAGGCAUACGAGAAGGGGUGAGACAUGUCCAUCUAAACUGGAAAUAAUUUUUCAAAAACAAACUUAAGUGGCACUGACCCAACAAUGUUCACUCAAUUAAGUUGAGAAUUUUGAUAAGACAAUUAGUCCUUUCACUGUAUUCUCUUUACAGCAUUAAUCAUUUGCUUUCCAAACUGUUUUCCCGCAAUUGUAUUUUGAAAUAUUGCUGUAUGCCUGGCUUGGCCUCUCUAAUUUUCAGACAUUCGCAAUUCAACAAAUAUCUGCCCAAAUUGUGAACUGCCUUUCCUUCCAAAUAUAGGCAAUGCGAUUUAAAACAAUGUUUUAUUUUGAAUGAUUAUAUUUAUUAAUUAUUUAUGUUUAGGCAAAUUAGGCUAUAUAAUUUUGGCUAUUUUAAUUAAAUUUCCUUUGGGAGAAUCUUAGCUUCCCCAUUAAAAAGGUAACUGCACGCGACCUCCAUAUGCUGUUAGAGUGCAGGCUACAUGAGUUUUGUGGGCCAUUCUAAUAAAAAAAAUUACUUAUAUUAGGCUAUAUGUAAAGACCAUAUUAAAUUGAGAAUAGGCUGAAGGGUGAGAUUAUCAAGUGUUUGUCAAAUUGUGAUUGAGAGACUGAAGUGUGCAGCCUGCACAAGAAACAGAGCUAAUGCCUUUCAUGCGACUAUUAAAAAUAAAAACAUAUCCCUACUAAAGUUGCAUUAAAAAAAACUAAGCAUAUAGAAGUACCUAUAUGUUAACUACUCAACAUAGACUAGCCACAUGUGCGCACUCCCUCAAGGAUAUGUUUUAUAUAUUCUUCAUUCUAUAAAAUAAAUGCCACGCAAUUCCAAGCAUAUCUUGUCUGCUAAAUGAACUAGUGUAGCCCACAGCCAUAUCAGGGUCUAACAUAAGUACAACUCAGUAUGCUAUUCUGUUCUGAAAUAGACAUUUUCUUCAUGUUUCUUUAGAAUUGUCUAAAAUGAAUAAUGGAUUUAAUGUGAUGGUGUAACAGGCAAUUACCGUAGAGACCAGCAGUUAUUGGCUUGACGAAUCACCGGCUGACAAUUUCAUGAUCUCCACAACCCUAAAUGAGCCUUCCAUGUAGGUUUGGAAGAGGCUCAUAGUUGGUGCUAAACCUCAAGAGAUGUGACUGAAUAAAGGGUUUGGGAGGAGACAUGAAACCCAACCUAGUCUUUGGUCCUCAACACACUCAAGUUGUACAAAACCUUUUACACAAUGGUUAUGAUACGACAGUUUGUCUACCCAAUAACAUUUACACAACCCUUGUGUAAAAAUAUCACCGUUGUAAAACCUGAAUGUGUACAGGGCCAAAGAUUAGCGUGUUAAUUUCCUAUCAGCAUGAAACAGAAAGGUCCUUACCUGUGCUCUCCAUCAGGAAGUAACGGAGAACUCAUCCGGGUCCUCUCUAAAGGCAUUUUUUUGGCUCGUAAAAUGUUUGCAGAUGCUACAUUUGAAUGUUUGUCUAUGGCUUCUUAAUCAUCGAGCUCUAGAAAGCGGCCCUCACUAAGAACCCAUGUGGUGCCUUAACACUGUUUGUACACAACCAUUCUGGUAUACAUUUGUUUAUUAAACACUUUCUGAAAAUUCUAACACACCCUUCACUUUUCUGUAUGUAGCUCUUUCCCCUUGCUUAACACUAACUUAGCAGUGACACUUUAGUCAGCGACUCAUCAACCUCGAUGUCAUGCAGUAUUUAUGGUAAUCAUAGGGUUUCCUGUUUAAGAAAUGCACAAAGGCAGGUUGAUCUCCUUAGACAUGAUCAGGAUAUUUUAUUUUCAUUGCAUAAUUGAGCUACAAAUGUAUCAAGGGUAUCUUCCAAAAUUGAAACUGACAUUAAGUGUUUAGGUGGGGUGGGGAAUAGACAAUUGUAAAGUACGGUUGGUCUCCUGCACUUAAGUUAACUAAACCCAAACGUCUGUUCUGCAAAAGGAAAUCAACGGUAUCAGUCCCUCUGACCUGUAGAGAGAGAGACUGCUUGACUGCCUCCGGGCCUGACGUUAGAAAUUAGUGCAAUAACAGAUUUCCCAUGAUUUGGCUUAUUGAACGCUUUAUUAUGGCUGAACCUGUACAUUGGAGAAACAAACCAUUCAUACUUAGCAUCCAGCAAUAAAGAUCAGCCCUACUUACAUCAGUGUCAAGCUUCGAGUGCAGACCUGGGUUGCUUCCUCUUCAACUGUCUGCACAUAGGUUUGUUUUAUACUCCCAAGGAAACAGUGCAAAUGGAUUGGCAUCAAAACACAUAGAAACCAUGUUUGAUGCCAUUACCACCUGCCAAUCCUCACCAAUUAAAAAAGUUGCCUCCAACCUCCUGUGCUCAGGUAUUAGAACAUUUGCUUGCAAGCAUUUAUUUUGGCCCCUCAGCGACGCCUUGGCUGACAUUUGUACAUUUUGAGUUCAACUGAUGAAUGCAUGUCUUCUCAAUACUGUUGAUUCUAUUUAUGUAUUAGCACUGUAACAUUCCAUCACUAAGAAAACCACCAAAGCUUUUGUCGAUCUUUGAUCAAUUGUUACAUUUCCCUCAGUUAUAAGCAUUCUAAAUUUAUAUAAACUGUAUAUUUGACUUUUGGAAAAUAAAGCUAACCAAAACACA